AUGGUCGACGUCCUGCUGCGCUACGCGCCGCCGGGGCCCGACGGCAGCCAGGUCACGUUCCGCGUGUCGCGCGUGCCCGCGGAGAAGAAGGUGUCGGCGCUGCGCAAGGCCUUCCUGCGCGCCUUCGCCCAGAAGCACGGCGGCAGCCCCACCGUCGAGAAGCUCCUGCGCUGCGCCGACGGCGCCGCCGCGCGCGCGGCCGCGCGGUGCGGCAACGAGGCCCUCGCGCGGGGCGACCGCGCGGGCGCCCUCGCGGCCUACGCGCGCGCGGUCACCGCGCUCGACGCGUGCCGGCGCCUCGGCGGUACGGGCGCGCGCGACGACGGCGCCGCGGCCGACGCGGGCUGCGCCGCGGCCGUCGUCUACGCCACCGUGCGCCUCAACUGCGUCGAGGCCCACGCCGCGGGCGGCGACGCGGCGCGCGCGGCGGCCGCGGCGACGGACGCCGUCGACGCGUGCCGCGCGGUGCUCCGCCGGGGCAGCGCGCCGCCGGACCGCGCCGCGCGCGCCGCGCGGAAGCUCGAGGCGCGCGCGGCCCAGAAGCUCGAGGCGCUCGCGGCGGCGCCGCCGCCGCGGAGCCGCGCGGCGCGAACGGCGGUCGCGGCCGCCGUCGAGGUGCCCGAGGGCGCGAAACUCGGGCCGCUGCGCGUGGGCUUCCUGGGGUUCGACGGCCGGCCGCGCUGGGGCACCUUCGGGCCCCGCGACGUCGGCCGGCGCGUCGACCGCGCGGCGCUCGAGGACGACGCGCCGCGCGCGCGGCCGCCGCCGUACGCGUGGCGCCGCGUCGAGCUCCGCGGCGGGGGCGGCGUGACCUGGCGCGGCGACGCCGAGAGCCACGUGUUGCUCCGGGCCGUCGUCUCCGAGGCGGAGCGCGCGCGCCUCGAGGCGAUCAUCCUGGCCCUGAAGGACCGCGGCGCGCUCCGGCCGAACCCGAGCGGGCCGCGGCGCUUCUUCGCGCGCUACGACCACGACGUGCUCCCGUCCCUCGGCGCCGCCGACGCCGACGGCCCCGCGGACCUGGAGGGCGCCGACCUCUUCGCCACGGCCGCGAACCUGUUCGAGCGCGUCACGCGCCGCGUCGAGGGCGCGCUCGGCCUCGACUACCGCCGCGGGGCCCGCGACGCGACCCUGAGCCGCACGCUCUCCGUCGUCGAGGCCGGCGGCUUCGUCCACCGCCACACGGACGCCUACGCGGCGGCGACGGGCGGCGAGCGCGCCGCGGGCGACGCGCCGUCGGCCGCGCGGGACCACCUCCGCUGCAACAUCGCCCUCAGGCUCGCGCACUGCGACUCGCUCCGGCCCGUCAUCGACCGCCGCGCCGUCGACGUCGACGACGGCGACGCCUGGGCCUUCCUCGCGUCGAAGCGCGAGCACGAGACGACCGCGACGAGCUUCUCGGCGGCCUACCAGCACAACACGUGCGACGACUACGGGACGAACUACGACGACGUCUACACGGGGGCUGCCCUGGGCUUCGAGUUCGAUUCCCUCGCGUCCACGUGCUGCUACAUCUACGACGCCAACGCCUGCUCCCACACGCCGACGGGCGUCCCGUCGCCGAUGCCCUCGAGCACGCCGACGUCGGCGCCGACGCCGCUGCCGACGAUCUCCUUCAUGCCGACCUUCAUGCCGACGUCCGUCCCGACGACCGACCCGACGUCGACGCCGACGAGCUCGCCCACGAACAUCCCGACGCCCGUGCCCACGGGCGUCCCGACGUCCGUGCCCACGAGCGGCCCCACGAACAUCCCCACGAUGCUCCCGACGACGAUCCCGACGUCGCUGCCCACGUCCACGCCCACGGUCUCGCCCACGGUCGCGCCCACGGUCUCCCCGUCGCUCAAGCCCACCGACGGUCCCACGGUCUCGCCGUCGCCCGCGCCGACGCCGUCGCCCUCGACGGUGACGCCGUGCCCGUCGCCCGUGCCGACGCCCGUGCCGACGACGCCGCCGUCCGCGGCGCCCUCGGAGACCCCGACGGGCGUGCCGACGUCGGUGCCCACGAGCAUGCCGACGGUGACGCCGACGUCCCAGCCGUCGACGCCGCCGUCGCCGGCGCCGUCCGGCGUGCCGACGGGCGACCCGACGCCCGUGCCGUCCGGCUCCCCCGAGCCGACGGCCUCGCCGACCAUCGCCCCGACGCCAUCGCCCUCGACGGUGCCGACGCCCGCGCCGUCCGCGACGCCGACUCCGGCGCCCACGCCUGCGCCGUCCGCAUCCCCCACGCCCGCGCCGACGCCCGCGCCGGCGCCGAGCCCGACCGCGUGCCGGUGCACGAUGGACUACGGCUACGCGCAGAACUACGGCAACUUCUACUACAACCCCGACGGCCACAUCUCCGGCAGCCUGCCCGCGCUGAACAUCGACACGAACACGCUCUCGGACGGGUUCACGUGGUCCGAGUACCUCGCGGCCAAGACCUACACGGACGGCCUCUACAUCAGCGGCAUGUCCUACGACGGCCACUGCGUCUACAAGGAGCAGCCGGACCCUACGGCGGCGCCGACGGGCGUGCCGAUCCCGGCGCCGUCGCCGAGGCCAACGACGGCCCCGGUCAACCUGCCGCCCGGCGAGACGGCCAAGCCGUCCCCGAAGCCAUCGCCCAUGCCGACGGAGUACGACACGUCGGUUACCGUGGCGUCGGCCGUCGUCAUGAACGGCCUCGACCCGGACGACUUCAACGCCAAGACGGACAUGAAGACCGCCUUCCGGAAGACGAUCGCGAGCAUCAUCCAGUCCGACGAGAUCUGUCCCGGCGGCGCGGCGGACUACGAGACGUGCAUCGGCGAGCCCGUGGCGACGCUCGUGCGCCGCCGGCGGCGUCUGCUCUCGGUGUCGGCGACGGUCGACUUCGACAUGUACGCGUCCGUCGAGGGCUCCACGGGCGCGGUGACGGCCGGCGACGACAUCCUCUCGGACGUGACGACCGCGCUCUCGACGUCCGUGUCGGACGGUUCUUUCUCGAGCACGCUGACCGCGGAGGCCGCGGCCACGGGCGGCGACGCGAGCACGGGCUUCGCGUCCGCGGCGAUCGACGUCUCGGCGUCGACGACGGCCAUCUCCGCCUCGACGGUCGCGAUCGUCGUCGACACGCCGCUCCCCACGCCGAACCCGACGGCGGCGCCGUCGAUCUCGCCGGCGCCGACGCCGGCGACGCCGGUGGGGUCCAAGUCGAGCGACGACGACGACGGCGGCGCCGUGGUCAUCAUCAUCGUCGUGGUGGUCCUCGUCGUUGUGCUCGCGGCGGGCGCCGGCGCGUUCUUCAUGAUGAAGAAGGGCGGCGGUCGCCUCAGCGUGAAAGCUUUGCAGGGUCCAAUGGCGCGCCUCGUGGUGGCCGCGGCCCUCCUCGUGGGCGCCGCCGAGGCGACGAGCUUCUCGGCGGCCUACCAGCACAAUACGUGCGACGACUACGGGACGAACUACGACGACGUCUACACGGGCGCCGCGCUGGGCUUCGAGUUCGAUUCCCUCGCGUCCACGUGCUGCUACAUCUACGACGCCAACGCCUGCUCCCACACGCCGACGGGCGUCCCGUCGCCGAUGCCCUCGAGCACGCCGACGUCGGCGCCGACGCCGCUGCCGACGAUCUCCUUCAUGCCGACCUUCAUGCCGACGUCCGUCCCGACGACCGACCCGACGUCGACGCCGACGAGCUCGCCCACGAACAUCCCGACGCCCGUGCCCACGGGCGUCCCGACGUCCGUGCCCACGAGCGGCCCCACGAACAUCCCCACGAUGCUCCCGACGACGAUCCCGACGUCGCUGCCCACGUCCACGCCCACGGUCUCGCCCACGGUCGCGCCCACGGUCUCCCCGUCGCUCAAGCCCACCGACGGUCCCACGGUCUCGCCGUCGCCCGCGCCGACGCCGUCGCCCUCGACGCCGACGACGCCCGCGCCGACGGCGACCCCGACGCCCGCGCCGACGCCCAAGCCCAGUCUGACGCCCUUCCCGUCCGGCACGCCCACGGGCGCGCCCUCGGGCACGCCGUCGACGCCGCCGAGCCCGCACCCGACGACGCCGCCAAGCCCGGCGCCCACGGAGAUCCCGACGGUCCGCCCGACGCCCGUGCCGACGACGCCGCCGUCGCCCGUGCCGACGCUGCCGCCCACGGGCAUGCCGACGCCCGUGCCGACGUCCAACCCGACAUCGACGCCCACGAACACGCCGACGGCCAUGCCGACGCCCGUGCCCACGGGCGUGCCGACACCGGCGCCCACGACCACGCCGACCGCCGAGCCCUCGUCCGUGCCCACCGCCGUGCCGACCUCGCUCCCGACGGGCUGCCCUUCCUCGGAGCCCUCGCCCGCGCCGACGGGCGUCCCGACCUCGGAGCCGUCGCUGAACCCGACCUACGACACGCCGGAGCCGUCCGGCGUCCCGACCUCGGACCCGACGUUCACGCCGUCGUCCGAGCCCACGUCCAACCCGACGUCGGUGCCGACGGGCAUGCCGACGACGCCGCCGUCCCCGGAGCCCUCGUCCAUCCCGACGUCCGAGCCCACGUACAUGACGGAGCACCCGUCCGGCGUGCCGACGUCAGUGCCGACGGGCGUCCCGACGUCCGAGCCGUCCUUCGCCCCGUCGUUCCCGCCGACCUCCGUGCCGACCUCGGUCCCGACGACGCCGCCGUCGUCCCUGCCCACGGUCCCGCCGACGUCCGCGCCGACGUCGCGCCCGACGGGCAUGCCGACCUCGGUCCCGACGUCCGCGCCGUCCAUGAUCUGCCCGAGCCUCGCGUGGCUCAGCGGCGAGUCCGACGCCGACAACAUCAAGAACUCCGGCAACUUGGACGUGCGCGACGUGUACAUCGACGCGUGCUGCCGCUUCAAGGUGACGCCGUGCCCGUCGCCCGUGCCGACGCCCGUGCCGACGACGCCGCCGUCCGCGGCGCCCUCGGAGACCCCGACGGGCGUGCCGACGUCGGUGCCCACGAGCAUGCCGACGGUGACGCCGACGUCCCAGCCGUCGACGCCGCCGUCGCCGGCGCCGUCCGGCGUGCCGACGGGCGACCCGACGCCCGUGCCGUCCGGCUCCCCCGAGCCGACGGCCUCGCCGACCAUCGCCCCGACGCCGUCGCCCUCGACGGUGCCGACGCCCGCGCCGUCCGCGACGCCGACGCCCGCCCCGACGCCCGCGCCCUCGGCCACGCCGACCCCGGCGCCGACGCCCGCGCCGUCCCCGAGCCCGACCGCGUGCCGGUGCACGAUGGACUACGGCUACGCGCAGAACUACGGCAACUUCUACUACAACCCCGACGGCCACAUCUCCGGCAGCCUGCCCGCGCUGAACAUCGACACGAACACGCUCUCGGACGGGUUCACGUGGUCCGAGUACCUCGCGGCCAAGACCUACACGGACGGCCUCUACAUCAGCGGCAUGUCCUACGACGGCCACUGCGUCUACAAGGAGCAGCCGGACCCGUCGGCGGCGCCGACGGCCGUGCCGAUCCCGGCGCCGACGCCGCGGCCGACGACGGCUCCGGUCAACCUGCCGCCCGGCGAGACGGCCAAGCCGUCCCCAAAGCCGUCGCCCAUGCCGACGGAGUACGACACGAUCGUCGCGGUCGCGUCGGCCGUCGUCAUGAACGGUCUCGACCCGGACGACUUCAACGCCAAGACGGACAUGAAGACCGCCUUCCGGAAAACGAUCGCGAGCAUCAUCGCGUCCGACGAGAUCUGCCCCGGCGGCGCGGCGGACUACGAGACGUGCAUCGGCGAGCCCGUGGCGACGCUCGUGCGCCGGCGGCGCGGCCUGCUUUCCGUCUCGGCGACGGUCGACUUCGACAUGUACGCGACGGUCGAGGGCUCCACGGGCGCGGUGACGGCCGGCGACGACAUCCUCUCGGACGUGACGACCGCGCUCACGACGUCCGUGUCGGACGGCUCCUUCGCGUCCACGCUGACCACGGAGGCCGCGGCCACGGGCGGCGACGCGAGCACGGGCUUCGCGUCCGCGGCGGUCGACGUCACGGCGUCGACGACGGCCAUCGCGGCGUCGACGGUCGCGAUCACCGUCGACACGCCGCUGCCCUCGCCCGACCCGACGGCGGCGCCGUCGAUCUCGCCGGCGCCGACGCCCGCGACGCCGGCGGGCGGCGGCGGCGGCGACGACGACGACGGCGGCGCCAUGGUCAUCAUCAUCGUCGUGGUGGUCAUCGUCGUCGUCCUCGCCGCGGGCGCGGGCGCGUUCUUCAUGAUGCAGAAGGGCGCCGGCGGUUCCCGGCCCGCCGUGACGCGCAAGCGCUACGAGAGCCUCCUGGAGCGGCGCCAGAAAUUUCCCGGCUUCACGAAGCCGGCGCUGCUGACCCUGGGCCGCGUCCUCGUGCCGUCGGUCGUCGCGGCGGCGCUGGGCGUGUCGUACUACGACAACUUGAGCGCGUGGAUCAACGAGAACUGGCUCGACGCGUCGAGCAUCCGCUUCCUGAGCAGCGACGAGAUCCAGUUCAUCCCGUCCUUCCUCACCGUGAUCUCGCUGCUCUUCUCCAUCCUCGCGGGCAACGCGUUCACGGUGCUCUACGCGCAGCAGGAGACCAUGUACUUCGCGUUGUACGCGGAGGUCUCGGAGGCCAAGAGCCUGCUGGAGCAGAUGGCCCUGGUCUGCGCCGGGCGGCCCUUCUACAAGGACGCCCUGCGGGCCAUGAAGGUCUACAUCAAGUCGGAUUUAAGGCGGCUCGACGUGCCGCCCGCGGAUUUGGUCGCGCGGUCGCCGUCGCAGGACCCGCUCGAGUCGAUCAUGUACCUCACGUCCGUCGGCGUGCCGUCCGUGGUCUACGAGACCGUGCGGGACCUGCGGAAGGCGCGGGGCUACCGGCUCGGCGCCAUGCAGCGCAAGUUCCCGUCGCUGGGCAUCGCGCUGCUCUACGUGCUCGCGAUCCUCGAGCUCGCGGCGUUCCCGCUCCUCGGCGCGGGCACGGCCGUCGGCGCGCCCCAGUCCAUCUUCAACGUCCAGGGGGCCCUCUUCGGCGGCCUCUGCGGCGCGACGACGCUCGUGCUGCGCAUCAUCCAGGAGCUCUGGCGCACGUCCGGCGGCGCGUUCAACGUCGACGUCGAGCUCACGAAGAUGGUCCGGGGCCUCGUCGAGGAGCUCGACGCGCGGGCCACGGGCGCGGCGGCCCUCGAGGGCAUCCGCGAGAUGCCCAGCGACGGCGGCGCCGAGGACGCCGUGCGCCUCGACGAGCUCCGGGCCGAGGUCGCGGACCUCGAGGCGCGCCUCGCGGACCCGUCCGACGCGGCGCACGAGCGGUCCCGGCGCUUCCGCGUCUUCGGCCGCUCGCGGGGCGACUAA